CGCGACCGGUCUACGUUCAGUUGAGUUUGAAGUUGCGCUUCAAGCGAACGCAUAACUCGGUAGGGUCUCUAUUUCUCCCAACUGUGUUACCUCUAAGUGUAGUACCAGUGACUACGUGACUUUUGGCAGCUAAUCUGUUCAUUCGAAAAUAAAAGUGGUGGUUACAGCAAGUGGAAACAUAUAGAUUUUUCAAAAAACUUUCAGCGCUUCCGGUUGGGUUUGUUUCUCGAAAUCAAUUCUCUACAAAAAAAAAAACAUUAAGUGGAGAUACUCGAAUACAAUCAUGCCAAGACCGGUUAAAUUGUUUUACGACCUACUGUCGACACACUCGCGAGCUUUGUAUAUGUUCUUCGAGGCCACCAAGAUUCCAUACGAUCCGAUACCAGUCUGCACCACCAAAGGUGAGCACCGAUCGGACGAGUACAAAGAAUGCAUCGGUCGGUUCCAGCAGGUGCCCAGCAUCAUCGACGAUGGUUUCAAGCUGUCCAAUGGUGUCACUAUUCUGAAGUAUUUGAUUCGCGAGAAGUUAAUUCCUGAACAUUGGUACCCUCGGGACAGCAAAUUGCGGGCUCGGAUUGACGAGUACCUCGAGUGGCAACAGGACAGCAGAUCGGAAGUGUUCAACGCAUUCGUACAGGAAAAAUGGAACCUUAGCUUGAGAGACGAGAGAUCAUCCCAACAGAAGGUCGAAGAAUACCGGCAACAAGUCGACCAAACGCUGAAUCAACUGGAGCAGAAUUGGCUCGAGCCCGGACGAUUCAUCAUUGGCGAUAGAAUAACGAUUGCUGACAUCUUGGCUGCUUGUGAAGUCGAGCAGCCAAAGAUUGUCGGCAUGGAUCCGUUUGAGGGACGGCCAAAACUAGCGGCCUGGCUUGAAAAGGUGCGCUACACGAUGACCCCUUACUAUCAGGAGGCGCAUCAAGACUUUUACAAGUUUAGCGACAAGGUGGCUCUCAGACAAAACUAGAAGCGAUCAGUAGUAGUCGAAGUGGGAGCCUCAAGGUCGAAUGAAUUCGUGUUGUGUUGUGUAAUUCUAGAAGUGUAGGCUUAUAGAUGUAUUAUAUACAUUUGAUAUGAAUAUUUCUGUAGAUAUUAGCAUUUACCGGUUAAGUUUCUAGUUACUAAGCGGUUUUAUAACAAGUCAAUAAAAUGGAAAGUAUUUUUCCGUGCUCAUUCAA